CCUAGUUUACAGUCCCUUAAUAUUGAAAAUAGCCCAAUAGCAGUGAUGAAGAGGGCAGGUGACAAUAAGGAAGUUUGUUAAUGAGUAACUUUAUUUUGUGAAAAAGUAACAAAUGAGUUUUUAGUGUUCAGCUCAGCCUAUAAGUACAUUAUGACGACAUGAGUCAUUGUAGAAGUUGGAUGUUUCUGGGACUGUGAAGAACAACAAGAGAUUCACUGUAGACUGUUAACGUGAACGGAGGAUGGCGAAGUGUAAAACAGACUGCAUCGAAAGGCCUCUGUCUCUGGCCUUUGAAAAGCUUGGUCAUGUUGUUGGUAGACAUCCAUGUGUGUUUAUUUUAUUGCCUUUAUAUGUUUCUACUGUCCUGGGAGCUGGUUUCAUCUUUCUUCAUAAAAGGGAAGCAAAUGAUAUUGAAGACCAGUUUACGCCUGUCAAUGGACCUGCCAAGUUGGAGAGGGCAUUUGUGGUCGAACAUUUUCCACAAUCAGAAGAGUUUUCUCAGCUGCGGCUUACAUCUGAAGGCUCUUAUGCGUCUUUGAUCAUCACAGACUUGCACAGAGGAAAUAUAUUAACUGAAGCAGCUUUUAAUGACAUUAUAGAGCUAGACAGACAAGUGAAAAGUAUGAUGGCAGGAAACACUUUUGAAAACCUCUGUGCCAAAACAAAGGGAAGAUGCGUAUCAAACACAAUUUUAGACAUUAUAAAUAACAAUGCUACUGAAAUAGUUUCUUUAAACAUGACAUACCCAGGGAACAAGGACAUGUUUUUGGGAACAAGUAUCGGCGGUGUAAAGCUGAAUAGCUCAAAGAUCACCCAAGCCAAAGCGAUCAGACUUUUUUAUUUCUUAGAUGAGAAGACAAAGGAAACCGUUGACUGGCUUGAUGGCUUUCUGAAACUCCUCUCAAACUCUACAGAACAGACAACGGUCCAUGUGUCUUACUUUACAUCAAUAUCAAGACAGAAUGAGUUGGAGACCAAUUCAGACUCUGUCAUCCCCCUCUUCUCUAUUACAUAUGUGUUGGUCAUUACCAUUUCAAUUCUGUCUUGUUUAAGGUUGGACUGUGUCAGGACGAAGGUGUGGAUGGCCGUGUUCGGUGUGGUCUCCGCAGGGAUGGCCGUGUUGGCCAGCUUUGGUCUGCUGCUGUUCUGUGGGAUGCCGUUUGCCAUGACCGUGCAAACUGCGCCCUUUCUGGUUCUGGGUGUUGGUGUUGAUGACAUGUUCAUUUUGAUCUCCUGCUGGCAGACGACGGAAGUUCAUAAAGCCGUUGAGCUUCGUUUAGCAGAAACAUAUAAAGAGGCCGGCGUGUCCAUCACUAUCACCACGCUGACAGACGUGCUGGCUUUCUACAUCGGUCUCAUGACGCCCUUCCGCUCGGUUCAGUCCUUCUGCAUGUACACCAGCACAGCUCUUCUGUUCUGCUACGUCUUCAACAUCACCUUCUUUGGCGCCUGUCUCGCGCUGAAUGGUGGGAGAGAGAAAGGCAACAGACACUGGCUGACCUGCAUGAAAGUCCCAGAAGCCACUGGUGAUGGUGGAGGCUGUUGUGUUGGUGGGGCUUAUGAUGAAGACACACUUAAGGAAUUUGAAAUGCCAAUGAAUUCAUUCUUUAUUAAAUAUUAUGGCCCUUUCUUAACAAGGCCGUGGGUUAAGGGACCUGUGUGUCUAAUCUAUGCCGGGUAUUUGGCAGUCAGUAUCUAUGGAUGCUUACAAUUACAGGAAGGUUUAGAUGUGAAAAAUUUAGCAACAGACGCCUCAUACGUUGGUAGUUACUAUGACAAAGAAGAUGAAUUCUUCUCUGACUUUGGUCCCAAUGUCAUGUUGGUUAUAAAGGAUGAAGACUUUCAGUACUGGAACUCAUCUGCUCGCAAAAGUCUUGACUUGUGUUUGGAAGAUUUUCUAAAUCUGACAGUGGCAGAUUCAGGCUUUCCACCUAUUUCUUGGCUGAAUGAAUACAUGCAGUUUGGACAAAAUGCAGGUUUCAAUUUAGACAAUGAAAUGCAAUUCAAAAGCCAUUUAACCGCAUUUCUUAAUCAGUCAGGUUUUAGUGAAGAUGUUAAUUUUACUAACAAUCAAAUCCAUGCCUCACGUAUGUUCAUUCAGACUGUGAACAUCCGCAUGGCAAUCGAUGAGAAGAACAUGCUGGAUGCAUUUAGGGAAACCGCAGAAAAAUGUGUCGUUGAUCUGAUAGUGUACCACCCCGCAUUCAUCUAUUUCGACCAAUAUGCCGUCAUCGUCAGUAAUACAAUCCAGAAUAUAGUGGUUUCUACAUGUGCAAUGUUAGUCAUUUCACUCCUGUUGAUCCCAAACCCUCUUUGCUCUCUCUGGGUGACUUUUGCCAUCGCGUCUGUCAUUGUGGGAGUGGCCGGUUUCAUGGCAUUAUGGGAUGUUAGUUUAGACGCCGUGUCUAUGAUUAUUCUUAUUAUUUGUAUCGGGUUUUCUGUCGACUUCUCUGCUCACAUAUCCUAUGCUUUUGUGUCAAGUGAAAAGUCCUCAGCCAAUGAGAAAGCCAUGGAUGCCAUCACUAAACUGGGCUAUCCGAUCGUUCAGGGUGCCGUGUCCACUAUCGCAGGUGUGGUGGUGCUCUCGGCUGCUAAAAGCUACAUCUUCAGGACCUUCUUCAAAAUCAUGUUCUUAGUCAUUCUGUUUGGGGCCGUCCAUGGCAUCGUAUUCAUACCGGUGUUCUUGACCUUCCUCGGCACUUGUAGUAAAAACAAACAAAAUCUUCCAGAGCCCACAAGCAAACAGCCAGUAAUAGCAGUCGUGAUUCAGAAUGUAUGGUGUGCUGAUCCUGACUGUCCAUAGGCACCGUGUCAAGUGGUUUAGAAAAUGGAUGGAUUCACUUUUCCCUUUUUGUAGGAGCUUAGCGCUGUAUGGCACUCUGAUUUGACCAUGCCAGAAGACCCUGAAAUAAUAAUCAUUCUUAUGUAUACACUACUGUAUAUACUUACUGUCAAGGAAUCAGCAGCCUCCACACAGAAGAAAGAGUUAAAACUCUACAGACGUGCUCGCGCUCAUGACCGCUACUGAAAAUCUGAACACAAACAACGAUUAAAUGCAAAUUGACGAAUCUUCUUCCAAAAAUGUAAUCAAAUGUAUUUUUUAAGUGUGUUUAAACUGGUUAACUGUGUGUAAAGCAGCCAAAGGAAUUCAUUUCCCAGAUGAGUUCCCACGCCACUGCGCAACACACACAAACUACCGCGGGAUGGCGAGUGUUCAUUUCAUAAACUGUGAACAAUGUUAUCUUAUUUAAUCUAUAAAUUAAGGCUAUAUGUCCAAAAAACUGGUAAUUUCAUACUGUGUAGUAGCGCUAUCGUGGCAUAAUAAUCUGUUUGGCUGUAAAAUGUAUUACCUGAAUCACAGACAACAUACGAAGAUGUUCAACUAAUAAAGAUCUUCAUCGCUGGCAAACGAUAUGAUGCAUUUGCAGAUUUAGUUUCACUUGAUAGUACUAUAAGUCCAUGGCCACUUCCUCCAAUGCUUCUUAAAUCUUCCUGUUACGAGUCCGAGUGUGGAAUGUGUUUGAUGAAGUCUUAAAGCACAAUUUCUCCCCAAAAACACUGAAGUAAAUGUACUUUGUUGCCGGAAACCGAUCGAGCUCAGCCAUCUUGAAAGACGUCUCAAUUCUCGAAUUGCACCGCGAGGACGCAACAAUCGGGGAGUGAGGAGUAUUCUGGACGAACGUAUCAAUUCUCCUCCCCCUUCACAUCGGUGAAGCAAACUUCAAAAACAUAAGGGCAGAACCUUUGGAUGGUUCUGCCCUUAUGUUUUUAAGGUGUUAAGAAACAUAAAAAAAAUUCUGUGAGUGGUUCAACAAUUCAACAUGUAUAUAUAUAUAUAUAUGUACUGUACUGUCCCUGUUUUAUUUUCCCCACCACUGCUUAUAACAACAAGUCUUUAAACAAGUUGGAAAGCAAUCUCAGUGGUUCUUGUCUGUUAAAUGAGUCAAUGAUAUUGACUUAAACUUAUCGUUUGAAUGUCCCGACUUUACAGUCAUUGAAGUAAUGAUGAAGAUGAUAUGAGUUUUACAAUCCAAAAGUUUAUUUGAGUGUGAUGCAAUGCCUAUAAUCCACAAUGUGAGAAAUAAUUGUAGUCUGAGUUCUAUGGGUUGUUGACCUUAGUGUCACGUUGGCGUUGGUUAAUAGAUGACGAAGAGAUUCCUCUUUCAGCUGCUAUAGAACCGGCCCCAAUUCUGAUGGAUUGGCCGGUAUAGAGAGAGGGGGAUAGAGACUGCAGCUUUUGAUGACAGUAGUUAAAUGAGUCCUGAACAAGGACUUAGAAAGAGGUGAUCCGUUAGGUAAUAUGAAUAGAGGGGUGUUAUUUAAAGAAUUUUUAAACAUAUAAGGGACAAAAAUUGUUAUUGAUUUUGAAGUGUUAGUGUGACUCCAAAGCCUCUUGAGUGCCAUUCUUAGAGUGCUAAAGAAAGAGGAAAGAAAUUAAAGUAAGGACCACGGGCAGGAUGAAAUUGAAAGUUGGAAGUUGAAAUCCUUAGAACACAUGAAGCCGUAAAAGCAGAUAAAACACGGCUUUUAGCACAAUAUGUAUGGAAAGUACACUGUAAAACUAAAGGUGCCUCAAAUACCCUGUCAGAUACUCAAAUAACUUAAGUUCCUCAAAGCUCUUUCUCCUAUAGUAGGGUUCUUGGAGGAGCAUUGGCAAUCUGUGCGGUUCUUGCUGGAACUUACAGGAUCCUUUAAGCACUUCAGUUCAGAGGUUUUCACACUGUAAACCAGUGGUUCCCAACCUUUUUUUUGUCUGAGACCCCCUUUUUCCCAAGAAAAUAUUUUAGGGCCCCCCUUCACAUUUACUGAUAUUAUCACUCUUGUAAGCUUGCAGCUAUGAUGACAAAAUAUGUUGUUUUCAAACAAAUGGUAUGUUUACCAAACCAGAUAUGUUUAUGCACAAAUAUUAGCCUAUAAUAUUGAAAAUACAAUAACAAAAACAUCAGCAGGCCCUUUGUAAUUUAAAGACAUAAGCCUAGGAGAAGCCUAUAUAUUGGCCCUAUUUGAAAUGCAAAAACAAAAAUAUUAAAAAAAUAAUAGAAAAACAAGAAAAAGAGUACAGGCCUCAGUACUUGCAUGUUAUUUGUGAGGCUUUAACAAUGUGAGGCUUUAUUUUUUUAAACGUUUUUGGCGCUUUAGCAAGCGAUAAUAAAUUAGCAGUUUAUUAACAGAAUAGUGCGUCUUUCGGAAGAACUACUUCUCUCUGUGUACGUCUAUGCCGAGUCACGCUGGUACUGGGCUACUCCGCAGCGGCAGCGAUCCGAACCAGUGGAAAAUAGUCCCAAUGUAAACACGUCUUAUAGGUAAGACAAAAACAUAGAUUGAUGGAUUCAUGAAGAACUCGCUCACUAUUUAAAUUUUGAACAGAAAAAAGUUAAGGACCUUUAUUUACUGCACAUUGCUCAAAAACUUUUCAAAAUAUGACGCAACCCCCCACGGAGCUAACUGAGGCCCCCUUGUGGGCCACGACCCCCCUGUUGGGAACCGAUGUUGUAAACCCUAAUGUUGUCUUUACUUAAACAAUCAAGUGUACUUGACUAAACAUUACUUUAAAUUUAGCAUUUUGGCCCUGUCACUAAAAAAUAUAAGUUCAAUUUAACUUCAAAAUACAUAAACUUAAGAUUUCAAGUG